AUGCUCAAUAAAGGCAAUGAAAAGGAGGAGAAGCCGGUUCUCCUGGAGACCACUCUGGGCGACGUGGUUAUCGACUUGUACACCGAGGAGCGGCCACACGCAUGCUUGAAUUUUCUGAAGUUGUGCAAAAUCAAAUAUUACAAUUAUUGCCUUAUUCAAAAUGUACAGAGGGAUUUUAUCAUACAAACAGGAGAUCCUACAGGGACUGGUCAUGGAGGAGAGUCUAUAUUUGGACAACUGUAUGGUGAAGCAAGCUUUUUUGAGGCAGAAAAAGUGCCACGGAUUAAGCACAAGAAGAAGGGCGCUGUGUCCAUGGUGAACAGUGGCAGUGAUCAACACGGAUCGUGUCUUAUCACUACGGGAGAAAAUCUAGAUUACCUUGAUGGGGUUCAUACAGUGUUUGGUGAAGUGGCAGAAGGCAUGGACAUAGUUAAGAAAAUCAAUGAGACCUUUGUCGACAAGGAUUUUGUACCAUAUCAAGAUAUCAGGAUAAAUCAUACAGUGAUUUUAGAUGAUCCAUUUGAUGACCCUCCUAAUUUAUUAAUUUCUGAUCGAUCACCAGAACCUACAAGGGUACAAUUAGAUAGUGUUCGAAUAGGAGCAGAUGAAGAAAUUGAUGACUUCAAAGGAAGAUCAGCUGAAGAAGUAGAAGAAAUAAAGGCAGAAAAAGAGGCAAAAACUCAAGCUAUUCUUCUAGAGAUGAUGGGAGACUUACCUGAUGCAGAUAUUAAACCUCCAGAAAAUGUUUUGUUUGUGUGUAAAUUGAACCCAGUGACCACAGAUGAGGACAUGGAGAUAAUAUUCUUAAGAUUUGGGCCAAUAAGAAGUUGUGAAGUUAUCCGAGAUUGGAAAACAGGAGAAUCCCUCUGUUAUGCUUUUAUUGAAUUUGAAAAGGAAGAAGACUGUGAGAAAGCAUUCUUCAAAAUGGAUAAUGUACUUAUAGAUGACAGGAGAAUCCAUGUGGAUUUUAGCCAGUCUGUCGCAAAGGUGAAAGGGAAAACCCGUCCCUGCUCUGAAGAAAAGAAAGACGAAGAAUAUAUGCCAAUCAAAAAUCCUAAUCAGGAUAUCUACAGGGAAAUGGGCUUUGGCCAUUAUGAAGAUGAAGAAAGUUGUUGGGAGAAACAGAAAAGUGAGAAGAGAGACGGACGUCAGAACCGUAGUCGGAGCCGAUCUCGAGAAAGGGAUGGUCACUAUAGUAACAGCCACAAACCCAAGUACCAGGCAGAUCCUUAUGAAAGGGAAAGGAGUAGAGAGAGAGACCGAAGCAGAAGUCCAGUCAAAGACAAAGACAGAUCUAAGUACAGACGUGUGGGGAAGAAGAGGAAGUGA